CGCCUGCCCGCAGCGCCAGCCCAACCCAGCCGGCUCGCUCUGCUGCGGGGAGAGCCAGCCAGCCAGCCAGCCGUCGCCCUCGCCGCUUUCCCCACGCCAUGGAUUUCAACAUGAAGAAACUGGCCUCGGAUGCGGGUGUUUUCUUCACCAGGGCGGUGCAGUUCACAGAGGAGAAACUUGGUCAGGCCGAGAAGACUGAAUUAGACGCUCAUUUUGAGAACCUCUUGGCUCGCGCAGACACCACCAAAAAUUGGACAGAGAAGAUCUUACGACAGACAGAAGUCCUGCUCCAGCCGAAUCCCAGUGCCCGAGUUGAAGAGUUCCUCUAUGAGAAGCUUGACCGGAAGGUCCCGUCUCGGGUCACCAAUGGAGAACUUCUGGCUCAGUACAUGAUGGAAGCGGCCAGCGACUUUGGCGCCACCACUCCAUACGGCAAAACCCUCAUCAAAGUUGGCGAAACCGAGCGGCGUCUUGGAGGAGCCGAGCGGGACUUCAUUCACGCGGCUUCCAUCAAUUUCCUGACUCCUCUGCGCAACUUCCUGGAAGGAGACUGGAGAACCAUUUCGAAAGAGCGACGGAUCCUGCAAAACCGUCGGCUGGACCUGGACGCUUGCAAAGCUCGGCUGAAGAAAGCGAAGGCCGCGGAGGCGAAAGCCGCGAAACUUAACAUCCUACCCUUAAACCCGCAGAACGUUUUGGUCCGCGUCCUCCUCCUCCUCCUCCUCCUCCAUAAGAAAUGGUGUAGGCUUUGGAGUGACGAGGUGGAAAAAGCGGAGCACGAGCUUCGGCUGGCUCAGACGGAGUUUGACCGACAGGCAGAAGUAACUCGGCUUCUCUUGGAAGGAAUCAAUAGCACGCAUGUCAACCACCUCCGAUGUCUCCACGAGUUUGCAGAAGCUCAGACCACGUACUUCGCACAAUGCUACCAAUACAUGUUGGAUCUCCAGAAGCAGCUUAACAGGUUGCCGGGCACUUUUGUGGGCAACACGGAAUCCACUUCGCCCCCGCCCAGCGCUGCUUCCCCGACAGCCAUGGUUGCUGCCACGGGACCCGCCGUGCCCACCCUCCCGGUGGUGACCACGAUCGCCGGAGCACCCAAUUCGGCUCCGGGGGUUGAAGCUCUGAAUCCCAGUGAGGUGAAGCCCCCCAGCAGUGGCACCCGGAAAGCUCGGGUGUUGUAUGACUACGAUGCGGCCGACAGCAGUGAGCUCUCCCUACUUUCGGACGAGAUGAUCACUGUGUACAGUCUCCCAGGGAUGGACCCCGACUGGCUGAUUGGAGAGCGGGGGAACAAGAAGGGCAAAGUGCCCGUCACCUACUUAGAACUGCUGAGUUAGACACACCUGGCAAGGACUCCGCAAGCAAAUCACGAGGCCUCUUUCUUCUUCUUCCUCUUCCUCUUCUUCUUCUUUGGAAAGGCUGAAACCGAUUCACUCCGAGAUCCUUUGCUCUCGCUAUUUAUUAUUAUUGUUAUCGUUUGGGGGGUCUUGGGAUGUGUGGAUCAAAGACCCCAAAGGGAUGGUGGCGAAUCACUUUCCGUUCUCCAGGAUUUCGGAGACUCCCCUCCAUUUAUCCUGGUUGGCUUUGAGGAUCUUUGGGAGCUGCUGCGAAGACAUGCCCAGCUCAUUGGGGGAUGGUGGUGGGUCAUGAGGACUAGCCACUUUAGAGACCCUCCCUUCCUUCCCAUCUUCUAAUUUUUCCUCCCUCCCUCCGUUUCCGUCUUUCCUCCUUCUCUUCCUUCCUUCCUU